AUGACAUCUGCCCUCGCUCAGACGUUCAACGCGAUCCCACUUCUCGCGGGCACGGUCACGCUUCUUCCAGACGCUCCACAGAGAGGGAGACUGGCAGUCACAGCUCCCUGGAGGACCGCCGAAGAUGCACUCAUAGUGAAAGACCUGAGAAGGACGGACUAUCCUAGUUAUGAGGCCUUGCGCUCGAAACAAUUCCCUAUGGUCGACAUCAACUACAGUAUACUGGUGCCAACACGACAACAGAUGCUUAUACCGAAGGUCGAAAGGCUCGAGGUAGGCGAGAGACCGGUCCUGCUAGCACAGAUAAAUUUGAUCAAAGGUGGCAUGGUCUUGGGAUUCAUCCUCGACCACGCUUUCACCGACGGCGCCGGGUCCUUUACUGUCGCCAGAGUGUGGGCUGCUUACUGUCGGGGUGAAGAUGGGUCGCAGCUUGUCAGCCCUGAUUGCGUUGAUAGAACCCGGCUCAUAGAGGGUGAUGAGAGCGCAAGACUCGAAGACAUCAGAGAAUAUAAAUACCACCCUGAACCAAAAGGUCCGGCUCGGGCGCAAGGCUUUCUCUCUCGAAUGUUUAAAAAUCUGCGCUUGUGGAUCGUUCUUUUUUCUCGUUCACUUCUCGACUUCAGAUUGAAUGCAAUGCACAAUUUACGAGCGGUUCUUCGUGUCGGACCAGCGAACGAGACGUCACGGUCUGAGUCCAACCCAUUGGCAGGAGAAAUGUUCUUUUUCUCCAAAGCAAAGCUUCGAGAAUUGAAGGAAAUGGCAUCAAGACUAGAAGGUGACGAGACGAGUUGGAUCUCUACCAAUGAUGCCCUCGCUUCUUUGAUGUGGUGUUGUGUCACCGCCGCCCACAAGACCAAGAUUCAAAAUCAUUCCGAAUCGAUCAAAGACGAGACCGGGCUCUGCUUCGUCAUCGAUGCAAGACGGUUCGCAAGACCGCCCUUGCCUGCACGCUUCAUCGGCAAUGUUCUCAUCUGGGGAAACAUCAUCAAACCCUUCAGCACUGUCAUUCCUACGGCCAAAGGCGUGACCGAGUGCGCUCACACUCUGCGGCGUAAGAUCAACCAAUACGACGACACCUAUCUCCCACACUUGAUUGGAGCCAUUAAAUCUGUCCCUGACGUCAGCAGAGUGAGACUCGACAGUAUGGGAUUUGAGGGGCGAUACCUUGUGGUCAAUUCCUGGGCGACUCAGGAUCUGUACGAUCUUGACUGGGGCACACUGGUGGGUGGAAGGUGCGAGCGAGUCAGGAUACAUAAGCCACAGUUUGAGGAUUUCUGUCUCGUACUGCCUGAACUGAAGGGUUGCAAAGGAAACGAGGAAGCUGCUGGUUUGGAGGUCAUUAUCAGCAUUAGAAGCAACUACAUGAAGAUGCUGAGGGAGAAUGAGCUUUUCAAUCGCUUCGCGGAGUGGAGAUGCAGUUGA